AUGUGGACAGAAAAGUACCGUGCACGCAAAUACACUGAGCUCAUUGGCGAUGAGCGGACAAAUCGGUCUAUCCUUCGCUGGCUGAGAGGCUGGGACCCCAUUGUGUAUCCAAACUUGGCCCGGACCAAGAAGAAAGCCAACUAUAAUGAUGAUGAGGAGGAAAGACCACACCGGAAGGUCAUGUUGCUGUGCGGUCCACCCGGACUUGGAAAAACGACCCUAGCACACGUUUGUGCACGACAGGCGGGCUACGAAGUUCUGGAGAUUAACGCCAGUGACGAGCGCAGCAGAGACGUAGUCAAAGGCAGGAUCAGAGAUGCACUCGGUACAGAGAACGUCAAAGGCAUGAAUGUAGAGGUGGGCGAGCAGAAAGUGCGCAAGGUCGGACGGCCGGUCUGCGUUGUCGUCGAUGAAGUCGAUGGGGUAGUCAGUGGAUCUGGCGGCGCUGGCGAAGGUGGCUUUAUGAAGGCCUUGAUCGACCUGGUUCUUUUGGAUCAAAAGAAUUCCGCACGCACAUCUGAGCAUGCAUCGAACGGAAGAAAGAAGAGGGGUGACAAUUUCCGAUUCCUUCGCCCGUUGAUAUUGGUAUGCAACGACGUGUACCACGCUAGUUUACGGCCCCUCCGAGCGUCUUCCAUCGCAGAGAUCAUUCACGUUCGUCAGGCGCCGUUGGAGAACGUCGUUUCGCGGAUGAAGUCUAUAUUCACCAUUGAAGGUAUUCCUUCUGAUAACGACGGCGUGAGACGGCUUUGCGAAGCAUCGUGGGGACUUGGAAAGAGAAAGCAGGCUGGAGUCAAAAGCAGCGGAGCGGCAGAAGGAGACAUUCGGAGUGUCCUCGUUGCCGCAGAAUGGGUGGCUCACAAGCUUAGAAGUGAGAGCUCUGCUUCCUCUAGGCUGACAAGGAGCUGGAUUGAACAGCGCGUCCUUAGUGAAGCUGGAGGUGGCUCGUUCUUCAAAGGGAUGAACCGUGGUGGUGUGCGCGACAUCGUGGAUCGAGUUUUCACCGAAGGGGCUGGCUUCCCCGACGUGCCAAUAAGCGCGGAAACCUUCCAAGACCCAUAUGAUCGCUCAGCUGGACAAGUACCUGUUGAUGUGGCAAGUAUCAAGAAGCGGCAUGCAAUCAACAGACUCCGCGAGAUGGUCGAUGCCAACGGCGACCACGACCGCUGUACCUCCGAGUGCUUCUCUUCAUACCCUCUACAGCCCUAUCAAGACGACACCUUCCUCACAAAGCCCAACGUGGCAUACGACUGGCUUCACUUCCACGACACCAUCUCAUCUCGGGUGUAUUCCGCCCACGACUGGGAACUCGGCGCCUACCUCAGCCAAGCAACAUCAGCCUUUCACCUUCUCUUCGCUACCGCGCAAGGCAAAGCCCAACCCCAAUAUAAAGAAACAGAAGAUGAGGAAGAAGAGGCACACCCUUUCUCUGGCCCACGAGCAGAUUUCGCAGCCUUCGAGGCUUUGAAACAGAACCAGGCAAUCCUUACGGGAUUCCAAUCCUCCUUCUCAGCUCCCUUACUCCGCCUUUUCCGCUCACCCAACUGCGUUGCCACCGAACUCGUCCCCAAUAUCGUCCGAAUGCUCUCCCCAGACGUGAAACCAGUCGUCGUCCGCGGAAGCGAGCAGAAAAGCGUUGCAAGUGUCCGAAAGGAUAGCGAACGCGCUCUCGUCGAGGCCGCCGUGCGCGUCAUGACAGGUCUGGGCGUAACUUUUGAGAAAGUUCGCGUCGAAGGCGAAGGUGGCGCAUAUGGCGGAUGGGCAUACAGAAUGGAACCCCCCCUCGACAGUCUCGUCACAUACUCAAAAGCAAACGGCCUCUCCUCAACCUCCGGCCCAGUCCGCUACGCCGUCCGCCAAGUCCUCGACCAGGAAUACCGCAAGGAAUCAAUCCGUAAACACUCCGAGGCACUCGCCAAGAAGAAGACUGCCCAAGCCUCUUCCUCCGGCGCGGAUGGGGCUAACCCGACUGAGGCUCUUAAGGCUAAGAUUGGUGCCAAUGCGGUUAAGCGGGAUUUCUUUGGGAGGGUUAUCCAGGAGUCUACGGCGCCGGAUGAGGAUGCACGGACAUCGAAGAAGUCUGGUUCCGCGCCGCAGCAAGACUCGGGCUCGAGUAAGGGGAGGAAGGUCUGGGUUACGUAUCAUGAUGGAUUUUCUAAUGCGGUACGGAAGCCGAUUUCCAUGGCAGAGUUGUUGGGCGGGCUCUGA